AAAGUUCCAAACGCCGUUAUUCCAGGUGUAGAAUUUGAAGAAUGUUUUUUCUAGUUGUUUUGCUCUUCUCUUAUCCAAAUGCCUUUAGGGAAGCACCAUUUUCUCUAGUAGAAUAAUGCCCAUCCAAGAAAAGUUUUGCCUUUUUACCCAUCUGAGGAGUUGGAUCUGGUUUAGAAUGACAACUCUAGGAUACUGAACCACCAUGCUUGAUUAAAAAAGUGAUCCUAAUGCAAAGAGUAGAAACCACUUGAGUAGGUCCAAAGCAUGGAUAUCUUUAGAUCUCUAAAGGGACAGAAGUAAGAAAUGAAAAGUAUUUGAUUUUGUCUAGAUGAGCUGGAGUGAAGGGGUGGGGGGGGAGGAGAGGGAGAGGGAGAGAGAGAGGAAGCAUCAGCCCACUGUAGCAUCUAUCUUCAUGUCCUAUAAGAGCUGUCUGGAAUAUUUUGUUCACAUGCUUCCAUGGUUACAUGGAUGAGUGAGAUUUGUUUUUAUAUGUCCUUGUUUUGGUUUGCUGACUCUUCUGAUCCUCCCUUGUGGAUAUGAUACAAUUCUGAACCGAUUUCACCAAGGGCUUCUCCACCUUUUUCUUGCCUUCUUCCCCUUCACAGCCUGUCAUGCUUACAUUAUUUUUGGGCUGCCUUUCUUGUUUUUCCAAGCAAUUGCUUGGUUGUUCAUGUGUGGUAAAGAGCCUGCCCAUAUCCGACUAGUCUCCGAAUCUAUCACCCCUUUCGCUUGGAUUUCUCCGAUGAUCAUCGGACCUCCACAGUGACAGCGUCGCCUGGAAAGGGGCCAUAGAGGAUGAUGGGAGAGUGGGUUCAAGCUUUCUUUGGCUGUUUAAGGUGAUGUUAGAUGGAGGAGUGAAGGGUUGGUAGGGGGGGAAGAUGCUUGAUGAGCAGUGGAAACAGAGCUUGCAGGAAUGGGAACAAAACUGCAUGACACUCAUAAUGUUUUUUCCACCUUGCUAAAGAACAACCGUCAUGUAGUAACCAUCGAUCUGAACACUCCAGAUAGUUGGGCCAGGUUCAGUAAUAUAUUGCUGAAGACGGGCAGCCAGACUGCUUUCAAUUGUCUUCCAGUGUCCAUGGAUAGAUUGCAAAGCAACAGAGAAUCUGUCAGAAAUGCCAUGUUGAAGCAUGAAGAAAUAUUCAGACAGCAGGUGCAUGAUCUACACCGGCUAUACAGAGUUCAGAAGAUGCUAAUGGCUGAGAUGAGAAGUAAGGAGGAGAAGCCCCAAUCUCCCACAAUUGUGACUUCCAGAGGGUUCACAGAUACAAGGACCAGAUUUUGGGGUAGUGCAUCUACCUCAGAGACCAGUCAUUCUUCCCAUGUCAGUAAUACACUUCACUCCACUAAACAUCUGAACUCUGAGUACAGCUCCAUCCAUCACUACAACACAAGAGCAGGCCCUAGCUCACGAGAACUGAGCAUAUGCUCAGAAGACCCUUUAAGAGUGCCGAAGGGCUUCGAUCUUGAACAGCCCGCUGAAGAGUACACCUCCACAGAAGUUGGACACACCCAAGAUCAGAUUACCAACUUGGGGAAGCAUCUGAAAGAAAAGAUGAACACAGAAAGCUCCAAAAUGUGGACUGAUGAUGAGAAUGAUGUUGAGCUCACACUUGGCAUAGGAUGUGGCAUUGGUAAGAAGAGAUCAAAACAUUGGCUUAGCUUGAAUGAUGAAAUAAGCUACUCUAAGCCAGCUCCAAGUGAUAUCAGGCCACUGCUCUUGUCUACACCUGUCAUACCACAGAGAACAGAGGAAUGCAGUGACCACUCGACCAGCAGCUUCGACAGAGAAAGCUUACAGAGACCCCCCUGGCUUUUGCAAGCUUUAAGUUUGAACAAGACAUAACUUCAAAACUUGGUGCAAGUCUUUUGGGUAUAGGCAAUUGCUUUAUUUAUGGAGUUUCAACUUCAGUGUAUCAGCACUCAUUUAGGUGACAGCCGGCAUGCAGGAAUCAUGCCUCCUGAGAUCUAUAGUCUUCUCACCACUACAUCCCGUGUUCUUCAAGCUACUGCAUUUAAGGUUCUGUUCUAUCAUCGGAUCAGUUUUUCUGGGUUUCAAGAUUGAUUUAUAUUGGUGGGAAAACUUCAUUGGUUUAAUGGAGUUGGAAGUAAAUUUGGUUCUCUUACAAUGUUUUUUUGCAAACGGUUCUCCUUUCUAGUAACACCCCCAUGAGAAUAAGUAUCAGAGGCUCAUCUCACAAUGGGGACUCACGAUCAAUAACAAGGUCACCUCUGUUGUCUGUAAACACUGACUUCUUUAUAUGUAAAUGCAAGCUAAUAACUUUUUUCUGCAGGAUUGUAGUACUUUCUCAUGUUGCUCCUCCAUAUUCACCAAUCUAUUAUUUUUUCUUGGUUCAA